AUUUGAGUCUUUUUUCGAAUUUGGGUUAUUUUCCUUAUUCUCCUCGACGUCUGUAGUAGAUAAAGACAGAAGAGAGGAGUUAAUUGGGUAACACUUAUUGUGUGCAUUGUGAAAAGUCAGUUCUUAUUGAACUAAUUCACAAUUCAUGCUCAUAGAUCUCCCAGAAGAAGGUCUGGAUGAAGAUAUUUUCACAGACUAUUUGAGCCAUGCUGGUCAGAUUCUGACAGAUGUCUUCCAUCAACAGUCAGUGGCUCGGAAAUCGUUUGUCACUCCACAACUCAAUAAAAAUAUUAAACCAACCGUGGAUGCGAUGAUUUCUGAUGAGUGGCUUUAUGGCAAUAAUCUCAAGGAAAAAGUCAAAGACGCAAAAGAGAUCGAAAAGGCUUGCGCGGAAAUUAAGGAUAAAGUCCAACAGAAAUAUUCGUCAAAAUCGAAUCGGGGAAACUCGAAGUACCCACCUGCGAAUUAUCGGCAGGUGGGUUAUCAACAAAAACGUCGACAAUUCAGAUUCAAGAGGAGAGUCUCCAAAAAUUUGACACAGUUCAUCCAAGACGAACUCUCAGACGACGAGCCAAUCAUUAUCCAAGAAAUAAGCCAGGUAGAUAAAACGGCAGGACGUCUACGCUUUUUCGUAGAUAGGUGAAGAGAAAUCA